CUCUAAUCCUGGUCUAGAAAUUAUUAAUGCCGGCUAUUUACAACCCUAACCAUCCCUCAAACUGCGCCAGAGAUAAAGUAAGAGGCGAACAGGUGCGGUGAAAACGUUAUUAAUAUUGCACAACGCUCUCAAAGAAAGAGACAGCGAGCUAGAUCUAUUAUUUUGCGUCCAUCCUGAUAAUAGUCCCGGUUAUAAAGAAUUCCCUGUUCGGGAAGACUCGAUUGGCGGUACUCCAAGGAAAAAGAAGUAAAGAGUUGGGCGAUCGUGACACGCAACAUUCGCGUGGACGUAGAAGAUGAAAGAACCUACCAAGUCCUCGAUCGAUUACUACAUACUACCGAACAAGAUUUUCUGCGGGAUGGCCGGAAUGUGGCCUAUCGAGGAGAACAGCUCGACGUUCAGUAAACUGUUCGCUUACUUCCGAUUGCUGUUCGCGUUAACGGCGGUCAGCAGUGUUUUCGUGCCGGAAAUUCUGGCGAUAGCGGUGAACUGGGGCGAUUUGAAGGUUCUAGCAGGGGUAGGAUGCGUUCUAACAUCGGUCGGACAAUUAUUAUUCAAAAUGAUAUACCUGCUAGCGAGAAAAAAGAGAACCUAUCAACUCUACUACGAACUAAGAAACUUAUGGGACGCUUCUGAUGAUCCUGAGGAAUGGCAACCCUGCGAGCAACUGGCUAACUGGGCGAGGAUCCUGACUAUAGUCUUCUACUCGUCCUGCAUGUGUAACGUGAUUACUUUCGCCACGGCUGCGGCGUUCGAUUACUUCAACAUUAAUUACAACGUCAGCGACGCUUCCAACGAUAAUCGACAUUUACCGUUCGAAGUUUGGUACGGAACAGACAUAACAGAGUCCCCGAAAUUCGAGAUCGCAUUUAUUUGCCAAUUCAUCGCGUCCCUAAUUUGUUGCGCCGGCAUUUCCGGCCUGGACGCCACAUUCAUGACGAUCAUUCUGCACGUGUGCGGUCAAUUUAAAUUGAUCAACAUAUGGAUCAACAAAAUAUGUUGCGUUCCCACCGACGGUAACUGCCUGCCGCAAUUCGAGGUCGAUUUACUGAAAUGCGUUCAACAUCAUCAGCGUAUAAUAAACGUUGUGAACGAGGUGAACAAUCUGUUGGCUCCCAUCAUUUUCGUGCAAAUUCUGACCAGCGGCGUGGAGAUUUGUCUGAGCGGUUUCGCUGUCCUCGACAACGGCACCAGCACCGACCUCUUGAAAUUUAUAUCUUACUUAACAUCGAUGGGUAUACAGCUCGUAUUAUGGUGCUGGCCGGGCGAAAUCCUUGUCCAAGAAAGCCAGCAAGUAGGCCAUGUGAUUUAUCUGAACCUGCCGUGGUACAAUUUACCGCCAAUUUAUCGAAGACAACUUAGUUUUAUAAUUGUUAGGGCGCAGCAACAAUGCAGCAUCAACGCGCUAACAUUCCAAGUGAUAUCUAUUCACACGUUGACCAGCGUGUUCAAUACAGCAGCCUCUUACUUCACCCUCUUGCGACAAAUGCAACAAAAGUAG